GUAAAAGUGCGUAAAAAUGUAGCAGCCCGUUUUAAGAUACUUAUAUUUCUGUCUACUUAACCUGCCGCUGCGGAAAAACUAAAAUAACAACGAUCUGCCGGUCUCCUCUCAUAGUGAGUUCGAAGAACUCACUAUAGAAUUUGCCGGCAUGGAGAUUUCGGCAUGGGAUUCGUUCGUAUCGCAGCUGAUAACAACUUAUAAAUUGCAGAAAUGCCUUCCACGCAAAUUUUGCAGCGAACUGGACUUUAUCAAACGAUUAGCCGCCCAGCCAAAGCUUUGCGAAUCGCUUCGGUCAUGGCUGUUGGCGCUACCGGAUGUGCGGCCUCAGGGAGAGCUAAAGUCCAACCAGUACCGGGAACGGGGCAAUGAAAUCUUCAAGAGCAAGCAGAGCAAUCACCUUGCACUCGAGGUGUACAGUAAAGCGAUCUUCGAGGCACCGGCCGGUACGGAAGCGCUUGCACUGGCUCAUGCGAACCGUGCCAUCCUGCUGAUUCGCUUCGGACGCUACCGGGAAGCGUUCCAAGACUGCCAGCUAGCACUGGCCUCGGGCUAUCCGGAACAAAACCGUAGUAAAGUGCUCCUUCGGCAGGCCGAGUGUGCCCAACACUUACAGGAUGCCCUUGCGAUACGGCAGACGGUGAAUGGUUUUGUGGCGCUAUCUUCCCAGAGGUCCUUGUCGCGACUGGAGCAGGAAAAGCUGCAUUCACUGCAGGCGAUGCUUGAACAGCGGAACGACAAAGCUUCCUAUGAAGGUAGCGGUAGUUCUGCGGAAGAUGAAAUCCCUUUACCAAGAUUGAAAGAAGUAACCCGAACGAAAGUGGGCCGGUACAUGGUCACAGAGGAUAACAUACAAACGGAUGGUUUAAUCAGCCGCGAGAAAGCGGUUUCUUUUGUUCCGGUGUAUGGUGUGCACCACCGCACAACAAUUCCUGCCUUCGAUUGCCAGCAGUGUGCCCGGGUGAACGUGAUUCCUUUCCCUUGCUAUACAUGCGGGCGAGCCUGCUACUGCAGCACAAAUUGUCGUGAAAAGCAUGAACCGGUGCACCGGUACGAAUGCUACGGCUAUCGGAAGCACCUCUGGUACCUUAUCGGAAUAGCACAUUUAGGUAUACGCAGUUUUCUCGAUGGAACCUCAACGAUAGUAUCCGCCGUAAACUGCGAAACGAAAGAUGCCACCAAUCUAUUCCAAGAGCUUCUCGAUGGAACGCAACACGAGGAUAAUCGAUUCCUCGAGUACGGUAGGGUGUUUCGCUUGGUGACGAAUUUCGAUCGUAUGGAACCAGAAGAUGUCCUUCAAUACGCUCUGACAGGUUUAAUGCUUGCAAUUUAUCUCGAAAACUGCACGGAUUUCUUCACCACCGGGCCGCUGCAUUCAAUACUCCCGAAAGAUCAGCUACUGCUGUUUACGGGUGCUUUAAUCAUUCGUCACAUUGGUCAACUGAUAUGCAACGGACAUGCGAUCAGUGAGUUGCAAGCAACGCUGCCGUCCGUUGCGAGUUGUCUCGAGGAGGAUGGGUUUCGCUUGAAACCGGGUCUACUGCAUCGGUACUACAGCAGUGAGCGGGUAUUCACCGCUAUCUUCCCACGAAUAAGCAUGUUUAAUCACUCCUGCGAUCCCAACAUUCGGAACUGUUUCGAAGGAUCAACGCUCACGGUUUAUGCUACGCGGCCUAUCCGGACGGGGGGAGAGAUUUUCAAUUGCUACGGCCCCAACUAUAAGCUGAUGCCGGCAAGCGAGCGUUCGAUGUGCCUUCGGCGACAGUACUGUUUCGAUUGUAGCUGUGACCGUUGUGCCGCAGGGAAUGAUACACCCUACGAAGAGUGUUACCUUGUACGAUGUCCAGCAAGCAGUUGCGCCGCACACUUCUCGCUCGAAAUGGAUUGCAAGCUUUGCUCGGACGGUGGCUUUAAAUGUCCGGCAUGUGGCCACACUAUAGACUGCUCGUGGUUUCAAACAAUUAUGGACAUCACGGAAACGAAUAGUGACUAUACGAACGAUCUGUUCCGGACAUGUGCAAAGGCCUACGAGAAGGGUGAAAAGCUGCUGGUCGGGAACAAUCAGAAUAAGAGCCUCUUGCUGCGCCUGAUUAUCGAUCGAUUUUUACCGACUGCAGCGAUGGAUGCAGCCUGCCUGGUUCGACUGAAAACCAUGGCCAGGGAGCUUGUAUCUAUCCAAGGGUAUCUGUUCGGCCGCAUGACUCCCGAGUACAUCGUUGCCUGGUUCUACCUAGCGGACCUAUUGGCCCUGGAACACUGCAUUUCUGAUGGCUCGGUAGCCACGGAUGGCGGUUUACGUAAAAUGUUGGCAGAUUUCCGUAAAUCACUAGAAAUAAUUGGGGCCGACAAUCGCGCGAUUAUACUACACUAUCUGGAUUCGUAUGUAAAAUUGGCGUGAGGACCCCCGGGCGGGAACGAAUAAAGUUGAGGUUC